UCAUUUUUAUUUUUAAACGAGAGAGAGAGAGAGAGAGGGGAGCGCUUUCGAUGAGUAACCUAGUUGUUUAUUGAAUAUACAUAAUUUUUCUAUAAUUAAAUUUAACGGCUAUAUCUCUUAUGUUUUAAGUCGAAAUCCAUUUUUUCAGAGAAAAAUUAGACUAAUCGUGCUCUUUAAAAUGACAUGAAAUUUUAUAUAUUUUUAAUAAAAAAAAUGAAGACAUAUAUUAUGAGUAUAUACUAUGGUGAUAAUGUUUGGUUAUACUAGUACAUAUAUAUAAUAUGAUAACAUGGUUUAUGAGUAUAUAGUAUUGUAGAAUGGUUGUAUACAUGGUAGAAAUAUACUAACCAUUACCUACCAUAAUUUACCACUCUAUACCAAAGUUAUACAUUUGGUGGUAUAUUUGGUCUAGAAACGUUUUCCCCAAAAACAUAUCAAAUUAUAUGAUCAUGAUCACUACUUCAUUCCAUGCAAAAAGUUUCAAAAUUUAAGUUAAAAACAAAGGUGGUACAGAAUGUACCGAGUGGUACCACUAUGAUAGCGAGUAGCAUGAAAAAUAUUUUCACGAAAUAUAUAAAAAAUAAAUAUUAUUUUGUAGAUCACAAUGAACUUGUUCCAUUUGUGCAACAGAAUUUGAAAUUUGUGUUAAAACAAAGAAGAUACAAGUUGAUUAAAAAAGCAGGGAAAAUUAAACAAAUUUUUUUAAAAAAGCAGGGAAAAUUAAACAAAUUUUUUUUAUCUCAUCUCUUAUAUUUGACCUCACUCAAAACCAAGGAACCCGUUAUGGUUAUUCAUAGGGAAUUAGGGAUGACAAGAGAUGGAGUCGGGGCGGAUAUUGCAUAUAUACAUUACGCUACACAGAAUAGUAUGGUUUAUCAGUGCUCACAUAAUUCGGAUAGAAAAUUAAAACAAUGCUCAUAUAUGAUCUUGUUUCGAGGAGCCAUAUUUAUCAAAGGGUAAUAAUUUCCCUUUAUAACCUUAACUUCCAUGUUAACAUUCAAAUGUAUACUCACAUUACAUGAAAAACUACAAUAAUGAAUCAAUGGAAUGAAAAGAUUAGUUAAAACUAUAAUUUGAUGAAAUAUUACAUGUAAUAUAUUAAAUAUGUUGAAAAAUACCAUCAUUUCUACAUAAAAAAAACAUAGAAUUGGAUAGUGAAAAAACCAUAUUCAUCUAUUACCCAUAAUAUUUGAAUUCGGUUUCAAUCAUGUCCGCUGAAAAAAAAUUCCAGUUGAAUGUUAUCCAAUAUUAUUAGAUCGACUUCGAACAUUGUAUCCAUUUGAUAUUUUUUGCCAUCAACGGAGAGAUAGAAGGUAGGAAGGAAAAGAAGAAAAUGGAUUUUACAGUCAGUCAUAUUAAUAUACUAAGAAAGAGUACACGUAUCAUUCCUUCCCCAUUUUUAUUGUUUGAUUAAUCCUCCUUCUAUUUGCUUUUCCUUUUGUUUUCUCCACUUUGUUGGAAUGGAAUGGAAUAAGAAGACCGAAUUUGGGAAACCAAGAGAAUUCUACGCAAGUUCAGAUUCAUUACAUCGAGACCCGACUGCAUCUUAUUUGCAAUGAUUGAUUUGAAAAUUUCUUCAACCAUUGUCUCACCCUAAAAUGACCACACCCUAAUUAAUUUACUUCCCAAAUGUAAUCACAUAUUUCGGGUACAAAUCUUCUCAAACGAGGUAAGUUAAUAAAAGAAAUUUAUGUCUGAUUCGUUUAAUAGCUCUAUUUGAACGAGACAAGAUUACAAACUAAUGAAUUAUUCAGAUAUUCGUUUAAUAGUUCUAUUUGAACGAGACAAGAUUACAAACUGAUGAAUUAUUUAGAUCAAACAACGAAUUCAUCGUAUGAAGAGUUAAUCCGAAACAUUUAGCUUCACACUCAUGCUAAUGACUUGACAACUCUUUUAUCAGUAGACCACACUCAGCCAAACGUUAUAGCCUAAGCUGUCGACCGAUCAGGCCAUUGCCACACUUGUUGUUGGCAAUCUUCCCUUCUAAAAUUAACUGCCUAAGUCUACUCUAGACCUUGGCUCAACCUGGAUUCAGCAGCCUGCUGCUUUUGUGUGUCCACUCUGUCUGACAAUGUGCCGUUUUAUGUGAUAGAGGCUAUGCGAAACGACCCUGCAGGCUGCAAUCCUCUUUAACACUUUGAUUUCAAGGUUUGGUGGGAGCUAUUGGCCUUGAGAUUUGUAGUGCUGAAAAAGGAAAAGCAAAACAAACAGAGACAGAGAGAGAGAGAGGUAGCCGUCUAGACCUGGUCUUUGUUUGUGUUUCUCGUCUCAGCCCACUUUAUUCCUGUUCAAAUUCGAUACUUUGCCCUGCCGUUUACUGAGAACGAGGCCCAGCGAGAGAAAGAGAGCUGGUUUCUUGGUUCAAAGGGCAGAGCAGCAGACAUAAUAGAGCUAAAGCCGAGAGAAAACAGGGCAGAAGGGAAGGGGAAGGAGGAAGAAGAAGGCCCUCGCUAAUAUAAAAGCUUUCUCCUUCUCUAUCUCUCUGCUAUUUGCUUUCUCUUUCCCUUUCCCUUUUUUUUCCCUGCCUGCGACAUUGUCUCCUUGGCUACUUCAAAAGAAUCUUCAUCUCACUUCCACGCAUUAAAGCAGCUCGCUCUCCCUCUCUCCCUCUGUCUAUGUCUGUCCUCUCUUUCCCCUUCCUUGUCUAAUUGCACAGCAUAAACCACACUCAGCCCAUCAAAUCUACCUCUGAGAUUUCGGCUUCUUUGUAGUUUUCCUCCUCCUCAGUCCUCCCACCAUUUCCACAACCGGAAACCCACAUAAACCCAUUUGUUCCGAAUUCCAGGCAAAGUUCUCUGCUUUGGGUCUUUUCUCGACUUGCCCAUUUGAUAUCAAAGGAAACCUGGACUACCCAUUUCUCCUUUUUUGAAUUGAAGUUUCCACCAACUUGUUUUGGUAGCUGUGAGAGAGUAAAGUUUGGAGAUUUCCCUGGCUGGUUGAUCCUCUCGAUUCACUGCAUUCUGCCGGGGGGAAGAACUAAUUCAGUUCUGGGGUUGUAAGAUUGUAGUUCUGUGCAUAAUCUGUUCUUCUGGCCAAUUUGGGGAGAGGGAAUAGAAAGCAUAAGCGAGAUAUAUGAAGUAGAGGUGAAAAAAUGAGGGAUGACAACUCCACCAAAAGCAAGUUCUCAUGGUCCAAGAAGAUGGUCCGGAAAUGGUUCAAUAUCAAGAGUAAAAACGAAGAGUUCCAAGCUGAUGAUGUUUAUGGAGGCGGCGAGGUCGAGUACCGGCCUAGCUUCUCCGAAAGGGAGCCUUCUACAAUUAAAAAGAGCAAAACAGAGAAAUUCACCAAGAACACAGACCCGACCCGGCGGGCAAGAAUGAAUCUCGACCACCCGAGAAUCAUUGAUGUCCAGAACCACAGCAUCUUUGUUGCCACGUGGAAUGUCGCCGGCAGGUCACCGACGAGCAACUUGAGUCUCGAAGAUUGGCUUCACGCUUCUCCUCCUGCUGACAUCUACGUUCUUGGGUUUCAAGAGAUAGUCCCUCUUAAUGCUGGUAAUGUUCUUGGAGCAGAAGACAAUGGCCCAGCUAAGAAAUGGCUGGCUUUAAUCAGGAAGACACUAAACAAUCUCCCUGGAACGAGUGGCAGCAACAAUGGUGGUGGCUACUAUACUCCAUCACCAAUUCCUGAACCCAUAGUAGAAAUGGAUGCAGAUUUCGAGGGCUCAUCGAGGCAAAAGAACCCAUCUUUCUAUGCUCGAAGGUCAUUCCAGACUCCCAGCAGCUGGAGAAUGGAGAACGAUCCUUCGAUCCCACAGCCGAGGCUGGAGAGAAGGUUCAGUGUCUGUGAUAGGGUGAUAUUUGGUCACAGGCCAAGUGAUUAUGAUCAAAGCUCCCGAUGGGGAAGUCACCGGCCAAGUGAUUACUCUCACAGGCCGAGUGAUUAUUCUCACAGGCCGAGUGAUUACUCGAGGGCUAGCGAUUACUCAAGGCCUAGUGAUUACUCGAGAUGGGGGUCUUCUGAUGAUGAUAAUGGCCUUGGAGAUUCACCCAGUACUGUUUUGUACUCCCCAAUGUCAUCGUCUUAUGCUGCUUCAAGCGAGGAUGGCCAUAGGAGACCGGGGGGUCACUCCAGGUAUUGUCUUGUGGCGAGUAAGCAGAUGGUUGGUGUAUUCCUCACUAUCUGGGUGAGAAGUGAGUUGAGAGAUCAUGUUAAGAACAUGAAGGUUUCUUGCGUCGGAAGAGGGUUGAUGGGUUAUCUUGGAAAUAAGGGAUCAAUUUCAGUCAGCAUGUCAUUGCACCAAACCACCUUUUGCUUCAUUUGCAGUCAUUUGACUUCUGGACAGAAAGAAGGGGAUGAGCUAAGAAGGAAUGCAGACGUCAUGGAGAUUCUCAAGAAGACACGGUUUCCACGUGUUAACAGCGAAUGCAGUGACGCGAAGUCUCCAGAAACUAUCCUUGAGCAUGACCGGGUGAUUUGGCUCGGGGAUCUCAACUAUCGAAUCGCCCUAACCUAUCGAUCUGCUAAGGCACUUGUUGAGAUGCAGAACUGGAGGGCAUUGUUGGAGAAUGAUCAGCUGAGAAUAGAGCAAAGGAGAGGACGCGUGUUCAGGGGAUGGCGUGAAGGAAAAAUCUACUUCCCACCAACCUACAAGUACUCGACUAACUCAGACAGAUACGCAGGAGAUGAUAUGCACCCAAAAGAGAAACGUCGAACACCUGCUUGGUGUGACAGAAUUUUGUGGCAUGGAGAAGGCCUUCAGCAGUUGUCUUACGUCCGAGGCGAAUCUAGAUUCUCUGAUCACAGGCCAGUUUAUGGUAUAUUUUGGGCAGAGGUGGAGUCCACCCAUGACCGGUUGAAGAAAAGCACUAGUUAUUCUAGUUCCAGGAUUGAAGUAGAGGAGCUUUUACCUUACUCACAUGGCUACACAGAGUUGAACUUCUUUUGAAAGCGUCUGAGAUAGUUUAGAAUCCAUCUACCCUCCAUAUUCAGGUAUAUCUCCCUCUCUCACUCUUUCUUGCCCACUUUUCUCACCAUCCUUUACCACCUUGGUGAAAAAAUUGUGGUUGCCAAGAGAUGGUCCAAAUAUAAUUAUGGUGGUCCUCUAGCAGAAUUCAUGAGCUAGCUAGGGUAGCUUAGAUACCGGUUCUGGGUGAAACAGAAAUCAAACUUUGCUGCUUUAAGGACAUGUUUAUCACAUGGAUUAGUAAUUUUUGUUUCAUGUGAAGUGAAUCUAGCAAUGUAGCUUAGAAGAGGAAUGUAUACUUGGCACAUAAUUGAAGCAUUCAUAUGCUAUACUAUGCUAUAUACUAUACAAUAGCCUGCAGAUUCCCUCUCUUUUCGUUUGGACUGGUUUGUUCCUAUUCUCAUGUUGAAUUUUUGGUCCCUUGUUGCAGGCGGGAAUGAGUGACUUUCAACAUAUGUUUUCUUUUUCAUUGUUGUUGGCCUUGGAAUGAAGAGUAGUGAUGGAGACAUUCCGUUGCCCACUAACCGAAAAAAGGAGGUUUGUUUCUCUCCUCUCCUUGCUUUUCUCACUUUUCUUGAUUUUGCUGUUCUUCUCUUUUGGCUUUUCAUUUUUGUUUUAUUUUGCUGAAUUCUUUUGGCUAACACUGAUUCCCAGUGGGGUUUUGUUUUCUUGUGUUGAUCAGGUGUAAAUGUUCAUUGUAAUUUGGUCAGCUAACUCAGUCUCAGUCCAACUCAGUAGUUCACAAGCAAGCUUUAACUUUAAUAACUUAGUAGCAGUUUCUGGUAGGCCUCAAAUAGACAAAAAAGCAGCAGCACCUCUUCCUCCUCACUUUCCUGCCAAAGAGAAGUUCCAGAGUAAUCACUUUUUCUGAGGUAUGCUAUGCUUGCUUGCUUUUUAUCAUUGCUGCUGCCUUAGUGCUUUGGUUAGUGAGAUUUUCAGAACUCAACCAUGGAAGUUGAUCAUUUUCCCCUUUUCAGAACUCAACCAUGGAUGAAGAGCAAUCAAGUGGGGGGAGAAUGGCAAGCAGUAGGGAGCUGACUAAUUUUUUAGGUAGAAUUCAUGAUGAUUCUUUCUUAGUUUAGGAGACAAAUUUUGAUUACUUAGAAAGAAGAAAAGAAAGAAAGUGAGAGAGAUCAGUGAAGAUAAAACAUUCCUGUAUUUUGUUCCUUUCUUCUGUUUUCUUUUCCUUUUCUUUUUGUUUUAAGUGAAGUGGAUUAUAUUAUAGAAAAAGAAGACAAAAUUUCUGACCUCAGAGUGCCUUUGGCUUUUGCUGAUGUUGUUUUUCAUGGCUAAUGAUUUCUUCACUGAGAAAAGCUGUGGCCUUCUUCUUGAUAAUCUUCUCUCCACACACCUUCUCUGGUGAGUUUCUGAAUGGAUGCAUAAGAAUAAAGAAAGCGCAAUAGAACUUAGAAUGUUUGACAGGCUUUGGUGGCAGGUUUUUGUAUUGGGAGGAGCUCCAGCUCCCCAUUUUUUUUUUUUAUCAUGGACUCUUCUUUUGGAGCUACAUGCUCCAUAUCAUUGAGGUUUACAUUCCAUUCCCACCCCACAGCAUCACUUUUUUAGACCUGAUUCAUCACUGCACAGUUUCAAAAGCUGUAUGCAUCAAUUACCAUACAUGGAAUAAAGGAAAGAAAGAUAAAAUAUGAUGAUAUAUAGCUGCUUUCCCCUUCCUUCCUUAUUCAGGCAAAGCUAUUAGCUAUGUGGCUAGUUACCAGAUUUGCUUUUGGACAUUAGUUAGCAUCUACUGAUAAUAAUGAACAAUGCCACCAUUCCCCUACACUAAGAUGGUCCAAAAUGGGGCUUUAAAGAAUUAGGGUAUUUAUGUAGUGUUUAGGAAGUGAGUUGGGAUUCUGCAGUUAGAGACAAACAAAGUGGAGUGCCCCACAGCCAGUUCUACAGUUUUGUUUCCGAAGUAAAAUCAGCAGUAGCAGGCAGCAAUUCCCUGUUCAAAGAGCAGAAUGUUGAGCAAAAAAGGUAAGAAAAGGGAAUGUGAAGG